AGCCAAUGAGAAGUAAUCCAGGACCUCACGGGACAACCUCGGUGUACCUGAUGUGGACUGAGGUGUGCCCCUGAUUUUCUCUUCUGCAUGACUGAGUGCUGUUUGUGUGUACCUUCUAGCCUCCGGGGUUUUGCGUCCACACAGGUAGUUAUAUUGACUCAGGAUGGCAGAGAUAGAGGAAUACACAGACGAAGAGGCAGCAUUGGCAGAGGAGGAAGAAGUUGCAGAAGAAUAUGAACCAGAGGAAUAUACAGAAGAUGCGGGUGGCGAAGAAGUGGAAGAAGUUGCAGAAGAAUAUGAACCAGAGGAAUAUACAGAAGAUGCGGGUGGCGAAGAAGUGGAAGAAGAAGCUGAAGAAGAAGAAGCAAAGCCUAAGCCACGGGCGUUUCUUCCAAACAUCAAUGUCCCCAAGAUGCCAGAAGGAGAAAGGGUUGAUUUUGAUGACAUUCACAGAAAGCGCAUGGAAAAGGACCUUUUUGAGCUGCAGACUCUGAUUGAAGAUCACUUUGAGCAACGAAAGAAGGAAGAAGAGGAACUUAUCUAUCUUAAAGAAAGGAUUGAGAAACGAAGAGCAGAAAGAGCUGAACAACAAAGAAUCCGAGCAGAGAAGGAGAGGGACAGACAGAAUCGACUUGCUGAGGAAAAAUUAAGAAAAGAAGAGGAAGAGCUAAGGAAAAAGCAUGAAGAAGAUGUCAAAAAGAAGAAAGUUCUCUCCAAUAAAUCCCUACAUUUUGCUGGGUAUUUACAGAAGCAUCAAGGUGAAACCCGUAAAGGUGCAAAGAAGCCUACAGAAAGAGAAAAGAAACAAAAAAUCCUUGCAGAAAGACAACGACCUCUCAGUAUCGAGAAUCUGAAUGAACAGCAAAUGAAGGACACAGCCAAGGAAUUGUGUGACUGGCUACUACAGCUGGAAGCUGAAAAGUUUGACCUAAGUGAAAAGCUAAAGAGACAGAAAUAUGAUAUAAACUUGCUGUAUUCCCGAGUCUGUGAUCACCAGAAACAUUCUGCCAAAGGAGCAAGAACUGCUGGCAAAGGUAAAGUGGGUGGUCGCUGGAAGUAACAAAUGGACAAAUGUCUCAAAUCAGAUGAACACGGCCAGAGACUUGUCUGCAUCACUAUUAAUUGUAGAUAUUCUAUGAAUGCCUGUAUUUUGAUUCUACACCUUAUUUAUUUACCGUUUGGACGUUUGUCAUUAUUGUUUGGAUCUAACAAAAUGUCAUUAUGGCAGCCAUAAACCUGUAUUACUGCAGAUUAGCAUCAUUAAAUUGCUGAUAGCAAUUAGUAAAAGUAAUUAAAUCCAACCAUCUAAAUAAUACCCCUGCUUUAAAUAAAUGACUGUUUUAGUCUCCCUACAGCAGAGAAAAAAUAGAAUGUUGCUUUCUUACACAUUGAGAUCUAAUAAAUGCAUCUUCUGUUAAUGAAAAUAAAAGUUUAUUAAAAAUGG